AUGACUAUUUCGCUCCGCCCCGCCGUGCCCUCCGACGCACCCACCCUGGCCGACAUCAACAUCAAAGCCUUCACCGACCAAGGCUUCAUGAGAAACACAUUCCCAGGGGUCCCUGACGCCGUGAUCUACGAGCUCAAGCGGGCGCGGUACCUCAAGAAAAUCGCACACCCGCAGACGCACGUUAUCGUCGCCGAGGACGACGCGUCGGGUGCUGUUGUGGGCUGUGCGCGAUGGAUUUUCCCUGCCGCUGCUGAUGCUGAGGGGAAAGUGAAGGGGGCGGGGGAUUUGGUGGAUGAGGACUCGGCGGCGGCGGCGAAGGGGGCGGAAGACGCGCUGCCUGAGGGGACGAAUCGGGGGAUAUAUACGGGGUUUUUUGAGAUUCUGAAGGACAAGGGGAAGGCUUAUCUACGGGAUGAUGAUGUUGUCCUGGAAUUCAUCGCCACGCUCCCGCAGCACCAACGACAGGGCGUCGGCAAGGCACUCCUCCGCUGGGGAAUCGAGCGGGCGGAGGCCGAGAACAGGCGGAUCUACCUGGAGGCCACGACGGAGGGAUUCCCCGUGUACGAGAAGAGUGGGUGGCGGGCGCUGGAGCAGGUGAACAUUGACUAUGCGCAAUGGGGAGGGCAGGGCGAGCAGAUCCUUGAUCCGGCUCCUUGCCUGGCGUGGGUGAUUGAUUCGCCGGACAUUCCCGCCGCUGUAGAAUGCAUCCAGACCGUCUUCGCCGACGACCCUUUCUUCCGCUACAUGUUCGACCAGUCCGCUUACAAUCCCUCCCGCAACGCCGCCUCCCUCUCCGCCCACUUCCUGCACGGCCUCAGCAUCAACGCCCCCAUCUACGUCGCCAAAACAACCCUAUCCCCAACCGACAAAGCCCCCAGUAUAGUCGGAAUCUGCUGGUGGCUCCCGCCAUCCUCCUCGACGCCCUCACCCCUCUCCGCCCUCCUCCAAGACUGGCUCCUCUCGUUCCGCCAACUCCUCGCCAACAUCCGCUACGCCGGCCGUGGCGGACUGCGCUUAAAUCGCUACCGCCAGUGGAAGGCGCUGCAGAGGACGACGCACGACAAGGUCUGGCGCGACCCGCGCGGGUACUACUUUUGCAAUGUGAUCGCGGUGCGGGCUGAGAUGCGCGGGAAGGGCGUUGGGCGGCGGUUGGUGGAGGUUGUCACGGAGAGGGCGGAUGAAGAGGGCAUGCCCUGUUAUCUGGAGAGUUCGAAGGGGAUGCCGAAUCUGAGGAUCUACGAGAAGCUGGGGUUUGAGAUGGCGAGGGAGAUUGAGUGUGUGGAUGGGAAGGAUGUUUGUACGCUGUAUUGUAUGACCCGAAGUCCGACCAAGAGUGAUGUUAAUUAG